AUGGGGGGGUCAGGCCGAGCCCUGGCAGCUCCAUGUUCCAUUGCAGUGUUUGGGACGUACACAGACGUGACCCCCCGGCAGUUCUUCAAUGUGCAGCUGGACACCGAGUACCGGAAGCAGUGGGACUCGCUGGUCAUUAAACUGGACGUUAUUGAGAGGGACGCGGCCACGGGCUCCGAGGUGAUUCACUGGGUCACACACUUCCCGUACCCCAUGUAUUCCCGUGACUACGUGUACGUGCGUCGCUACCGCGUGGACAAGGAGAACAACCUGAUGGUGCUGGUGUCCAGGUGGGUGGUUCUGACCCACACUGAACUCAAUGGGGCUGGAUGGAUGGAUCCCGUCUGCUCUGCUCUCAGCUGCCCCAAAAGCCCCGGGGUCCAUUUGGGGUCAUGGGGAGGGCCGUGGGUCCGCGCCCUCCCCCCCCUCAAUGCUUUGGCUGCCUUGCCCCCCUCCCUUAAAGCUGUCGGACACGUCGUCCCAUGUGCAAUAAAAGCUCCACCGCGCCUCAUUUAG